AUGGGGGUUGGCGAUUAUGUCCACUCCAAAGAAGGUGGGCAGGCUCGCGGGGCCCCCGACCAAGCCACCCAAUCGCGCCAGCAACGUGCAGAACAAGCCAGAGUCGAGGUACCAGUCACCCAGCUAGUCGACUCAGGUCUUCCGGGUACCAAUGGUAUAGGUGGCUCGCUAGGAUUCCAUGGUACAUCUCAAUUCCCAAAUCAGCCCCGCGGUCUUCCUACGCAUGGGGCGCAGCGGGACAGGGAUGUGUUUGACACAGACGUGGAGGCGAUUGAUGAUUCAACCGUAGCAGGGACUAGCGUCUACGGAUUUGAUGACAGCAAAUCCCAGGCAGCGUCAAGUACCAAUGCUGCUUACACCAAACCUGAUCCACAAUCUGCCUACCAGCCUCGGCCUUCACGGCAGACUUACGGGUCUAACUGGUAUGAAGGCUUGGGGGACCAAGCCAUGAAGAAGGCCGGAUUUGACUCAGAUGACUUUGAUGACUUUGGAAGCCAAAUGUCUUCAUCCAUUGGUGGAGAUGGCGGGGAUAACGAAAAGCCAGACGAAGCACACUGGCAUGCGUCACACAAACCGCGUACGACUGAGGAGCCAUUGAGUAAGCGCCUGGAGAAUUUCUGGUCCGCCAGCAGAAAGAGAACUUCUUCGCGGCAGCCUGUCACUGUAGACUCUGACCCCGAGCCUCAGACUAAACCACAGCCUAAGUCUAAGCCGCGGAAAUUGGGUCAAAUGCUUCCUCCUACUGGGCCCAGGAAGAUCGUUCUCCCCCACAGCUCGUCGGCAACACCUAGGACUCGUUUCAGUCCACCAAAGCCUUCACUUCUGGAACAACUCGACCAACAACUGGAUGCAUCACCUACUCGCCACAACUCUCAACUUCCGCCAGAUGUUGGCCGGACCCUCAGCAUUGCAUCGUUCCAGGACAGUGAGGGUGGAACCGAUGAUGGUAUGGACGACCACACCAUACGCGCAGAUGUACGAAUAGAAAGCGGCGGGCAUUCAAUCAAUGCCUUCGAUAUGACGAGUUUGACCGACCUAGACGUCGACCACACCUUGCAGGAUCCGUUUUUUGUGCACGAAUCGCACGAAAUAAACGAAUCACAUGAGCCACUACCCCCAGAAGUGCUUUACCAAAAAUCUUUCUCUGAGCUGCAAGCUGAGCCCUUUGACAAGUCCCCCACCCCUCCUCCACCCGUCAUUAAAUCCCCCUCCUUGCCACCGAACCCACCUAGUGUCCCAGAUACUCAAGAACCCAAGAAUGCCGUCUCCCAUCUGUUGGCUCUGACGCACCAAGAACGCCAAACUUAUUUGUCCCACAUGACUAUGGAUGAAUGGGAAGACUGCGGAGACCAAAUGAUUGGCCGUUUUACUGAUCUUCUUUCGGAAAUGAAAAACCUACGGCGUGCCCGCCGCCGCACAGCUGCUGUGUUUGAAGGCGAAGUCAAGCGCCGCCAUGACCAAGUUGAAACACAAAGUUUGGAGUUGACGAAUAAAUUGACCGAGAUGAGAACUGGCGGUGCAGAGGUUCUACGUGGACGCCACUCAUGA